CAAUCGAUAAUUGCAGCUUCUUCUUCUACUCUCUCAAUGGCUGCUUCAUCUUCUCUCUGCAACUUCAACAAACUUUCAAACCUUCUCUCAGCUCGCAACGUGCCUUAUUCAAUGAAUUCUUCUCAGUUUGGCUUUGUAAAAAUGGGGAGUGUCGAUGAAGCUAAAGAAACCAUCCGUUUGUUUGAUGGUUCUGGUCUGCUAAGAGCAAAUUGGAGGCCGGAUUGUUAAAGUAUAUUUCCUGGAAGCUCCAAUGGAAGGUGAGCGGGCAGUUAUGAGACAAAGAAUGCAGAGUAGUAACCAGGCUUUUGUCAAUACUCCUUACAAGAUCUAUGCCAGAAAUCUUUGUUGGGUCUCAACUCACAGGUCUUAGAGAUGCAUUUGCCGACCAACCUGGGGUGUUUAGUGCCAAAGUCAUCUGUGAGAGGGAGACAUGAAGAUCUUGAGGAUUCAGUUUUAUCUCGUUUAAAACCAGCAAGGAUGUAGAAUCUGCCCUAAACGCCAUGACCAGAGUGGAGGUCAAAGGGCGACCUUUACAAUUGAAUGUUGCUGCUGAAAGAGUUUAUCCUACUUCAGUGAAAGCAUUGGAUAGAAACACAGAAAAUUCUUGACAGUAGUGAAUUAUUUUCCGACAUCAGCACCUAAAAGAUGUAUAAAGUAUUAAUGGAGUAUUCUAUGAAAAUAUUACCCUCAACUAAAUUUUGACUCCUGCUUUACAAAUAGUUCACUCUGAAAUGUGAAAGGACUAGUUCACGGUUCCACUCUUCUCGCUCUUGGUUUUCUCUCUAAUUCUUUUGCUUCUUAAUGUACCGACAUGAGGCCUGAAUAAUGGUGUUUCUCUUCUUCUUCUUCUUCCUCUUAGCCUUCCAACUCACUUAGCUUCAGUCUUGUUGUUUCUUCUACCGUUUGCUGGGAUUGUGAAAGUCCUUUGUGGAAGUUUUUUAAAAGGAGGUGGUGAAAACUUGUUGCUUGGAACUCUUUGAGGGAAGAAAUGGCUAUGCAAACUGUGUAUUUGAAAGAGCAUGAAUGGAAUGUGCAUAACUCAUUCGGGCAACUUUCAUAUAUGCCAGCAGCACCUUCGUGGAGUCAGUUGGGAUCUCAGCUGGUUUAUGGGGCAACUUGUGGCCAAUUGAAAUCCUCUUCCAUGAAAACCUCCAUUGAAGAGGAAGUUCCAAGGCUUGAUAAGGGGAAGCCAACACAUUUCACUUCUUUUCCUGGUGAUUGCAAAAGUUCCCCAGAUGGACACAAGCAUCCUGGUGCCAAUUCUCUACAAUCAACUCUGCCAGAAAAUCAUGCUUGUUUUGAGAUAAGUUUUGGGCAGCCCAUGGGCCGGAUCAUGCUGCCACCAAGCCUGUCAAGUGCUGACAAACCAAUAUAUGUUAAUGCUAAGCAGUAUCAUGCAAUCAUAAGGCGCCGGAAGUUACGUGCUAAGGCUGUACUUGAUAAUAAAAGGACUUCCAAACGCAAGCAAUAUAUGCACUAUUCACGCCAUCUCCAUGCCAUUCGUCGGCCAAGGGGUUGUGGAGGCCGUUUCUUGAACAAAAAAGAUAUAAAAGAAGAGAAUGGCAGAACAGAGGAGAAGAAAGGUGUUGAGAAACAACCGUUGCUGCCCCCUAUUUCUCAGAGUUUUGAAGUCCUAAAAUCUGAGAGUGGAAAUUUGAGUUCUUCAAAAGAAACACACUGCAACACAUCAACUCUUUCAGGCUCAGAGAUGACUAGCAUGUACUCUUGGGGGGAUUUCAUUCGCUUUCCAUUUAGUCAUCCCAGACCAUCUGUCCCGUCUUUCUCUGGAAAUAUGGACAGUGGCCACGACAUUGUUUUGCCCAACCAGUGGUUUGCUGCAGCAGAUGGCUGGGACUGGGGCUUCAUGCACCAACCCGCCUCCUUGCUGUGACCAAAAGAAGUUCGUUGGAUAUCUCGGCUCUUCUUUUGGUUUAGGGAAAGUCAUUCCUGGCGCAUUAAGCAUUAUGGUCUUUCCAUUCCAUGCAGCACUUGUAGUCGUGUUGUGCUAGAGAUGCUUACACCUGGAUGCACUUCAAAAAACUUAUAACCUAAAAUCUAGACUAUAAAAUGGGUUUAUGCCCAUCAUCCAAUAAAUGUGUUAGAUGUGGGUUUGUGAUAUAAAAAAAAGACUAUGGUCGAGUGUGCAUGUCUUGAAUGUAAAUUGUCUUGAGUUUGUGGAUUUUAGAGUCUAUAACUUGUGUUCCAGCGUAUGUACUGUACUCAAUGUAAGAAAACGCUUUACUUGAUCGUUAUAUUAUGAAGUGUUUAUUCAA